CUGACCUGUGCAGGUGUGUAAUUCGAAACUCGUCAGGUGUGGCGCAGGAAAGCGUAACUCGCUCCGUGAAAACCUGCCGACUGGUCUAUCACGAGUCCCUGCCUCCACCUUGGCCUCUCGCUACUGAUGGGAAGAUUUGAGAAAACGCCGCACUGAGCUGGUAUCGAGUCUGAUACGCGUAGCUCUAUUCCUUCUGCGGACUGGAUUACUAAUGACUAUUUCAGUCUUGGUACUUCUCUUAAACCCCUAAGAAGACUCACGCUUUGAUCCGGCUGCGCCAUGGUCAACCCGGCAGUCUACGCAAACAGGAAGAGAAGCCGUCCGAUUCCCAAGCUGAAGCCAGGCUCUCCCAAGACAGCGAAGACCAAUGCCUCCAAGAGGCACCGGGACAAGCUGAAUGUGGAGCUGGACAGGGUGGCGGCUCUUCUGCCUCUCCCUGAGCAUGUGUCCUCCAAGCUGGACAAGCUGUCCGUCAUGAGGCUAACUGUCGGCUACCUCCGAGCCAAGUCCCUCCUCAGCAAUACCCUUCAGAAAUCGCAAACCGGCCAUUCACCCAACAGCCAGCAGGGGACAGCACCACCCACCACAGGGGUCCCAGAGGGAGAGCUCAUGCUCCAGGCGCUGAAUGGCUUUGUACUGGUCGUGACCGGAGAUGGCACUGUAUUUUACACCUCCCACAACAUCCAGGAUCACCUCGGAUACUACCAGAGUGAUGUCAUCAACCAGACCAUCUUCAAACUCAUCCACACGGAAGACCGGGUGGAGUUUGACAGACAGCUGACGCUGGACCUCCCAGUGGACCCAGGAGACCAAGGCAGCUGUGGAGGCUUGCCGGCCCAGUCUGCUCCAGACCACCCUAGCCUGAAGGCCCAGAGCUGUGUGGACCGCAGUUUUGUGUGCAGAAUGCGCUGCCUGCUGGACUGUGUCUCCGGCUUUCUGACCCUGCAGGUCCAGGGCAAGCUGAGGCCUCUGCAGGAGUUUGGAGAUCAGGCUGCAGGUGGACAGGAGAACCCAGCCCAGAUUGCCCUGUUUGCCAUCGCUGUGCCCGUUCACCUGCCCGCCAUCGUGGAGAUCCGCACAAGGAACCUGAAUUUCCGCACUAAACACGAGCUGGACUUCCGCCCUAUCGAGAUGGACAACAAAGGGAAGACAAUCCUGGGCUGGAAUGAGACGGAGCUGAAAUCACAAACGGGAUAUUUCUACAUCCAUUUUGAAGAUUUGGUCUACUGUGCUGAGGGCCAUAUCAAGUUGAUGAAGACCGGGAGCAGUGGGGUGACAGUCUUCCGUCUGCUGACCAAGAACUACACCUGGGUGUGGAUCAGUGCCAUCGCUCGGAUAAUUUAUAAAGAUGGAAAGCCCAGCUUCAUCCUGGCCACACAGAGGCCUCUGACGGAUGCUGAGGGAGAGGAGCAUCUGCUGAAGAGAGCCAAACUCGAGUGCUUCCCCACGGACAGCCAGUCUCUGCUGUACGACAGCACUGACUUCCUGCACCCUGAUGCAAGGGCCUUCCUGCACCAAGUGGAGCAGCAGUGCCGUGCCCGCGGGCACCUCCACUCCAAUGUCGUGGGGGACAGUAUGAGCCAGGACAACCCCCCUUACAUCUACCGGCCCCCUGAGGGCCCCUGCCCACAGCCCUGGCCCCAUUUCCCCGCAGAGGUCAGCAUCUGGGAGCUAUUAUGGCGCUACGGGCUCAGCCAGCUUGGCCACUCACUCCCCCCAGAGGACUCCCAUCCUGCAGAUCCCCUCUCGCCAGCUAAGAGGCUUCGUGCUUGGGUCAUCCCAGACCUCCUCAGCCUGUCGAUGCCUGGGCUCCCAUGGACCAACGCCCACUGA